CGGAACCAUCGCUUGGCGCUUAUGCGCUACAUUCGGCCGAUUUAAGGACUGGCCCUUUCCUGCUCCAGGCUGCGUGAAGUAAUCUCGUGGGUCCGGGAGACCCGAAAGUUGAAAGGUUUUUGUGCCGCCGGAGGCUGGGCCCCGCGGCUCCGCGGCUGGCAUCAUGCCACAAAAUGAAUACAUUGAAUUACACCGUAAACGCUAUGGCUACCGUUUGGAUUACCAUGAGAAAAAGAGAAAGAAAGAAAGUCGUGAAGCCCAUGAACGUUCAAAGAAGGCAAAAAAAAUGAUUGGUCUGAAGGCCAAGCUGUACCAUAAACAGCGCCAUGCUGAGAAAAUACAAAUGAAAAAGACUAUCAAGAUGCAUGAAAAGAGAAACACCAAACAAAAGGAUGAUGAAAAGACUCCACAGGGAGCUGUGCCUGCCUAUCUGCUCGACAGAGAAGGGCAGUCCAGAGCAAAAGUACUUUCCAACAUGAUUAAACAAAAACGGAAAGAGAAGGCGGGAAAAUGGGAAGUCCCUCUGCCCAAAGUUCGUGCUCAAGGAGAAACAGAAGUAUUGAAAGUUAUUCGAACAGGAAAGAGAAAAAAGAAAGCAUGGAAGAGGAUGGUUACUAAAGUCUGCUUUGUCGGUGAUGGUUUUACAAGAAAACCACCUAAAUAUGAAAGGUUCAUUAGACCAAUGGGCCUACGUUUCAAGAAGGCCCAUGUAACACAUCCUGAGCUGAAAGCUACCUUUUGCCUUCCAAUACUUGGUGUGAAAAAGAAUCCAUCUUCUCCACUAUAUACAACUCUAGGUGUAAUCACGAAAGGUACAGUUAUUGAGGUCAAUGUGAGCGAGUUGGGCCUUGUGACACAAGGAGGCAAGGUUAUUUGGGGAAAGUAUGCCCAGGUUACCAACAAUCCUGAAAAUGAUGGGUGCAUAAAUGCAGUCUUACUGGUUUGACAGCAGUUUCAUAUAUGUCACUCUUCAUCAUUAUUGAAGACUACAAACCAGUCAGGAAAACAACCACUGCUGUGAUAUCUCAGACUACCAAGCAGCCUUUCAUAUGUGCAGUCAUCAAGAGAAGUAUUUAUUAAAUUGUUUCCAAAAAAUUCAAAUGG